CCACCACCAGCGAGCAGCGCCGAAAGCUCCGAAAAGCGUGGCAGAUUAUCAAACGUCACGAAGUGGCUCGCGAGCGCCCAGUUGCCACCGCCCGGAGUGGUACAUACAAUCAGUUAUACAUAAAUUAGUUUACAUAAGGGUUAAAGGCGGCCGCCGGCCGCGGGCUAUCGCGCAUAGCGAGCCUUACGAACACACACACACACACACACACACAACUGAACGGAAGGAUAUAAUAAAAAAGAAAAGCAUAAAGGAAAAACCCCGGCGCCGCCCCGAAAAACGAACUUGCUGGUGGUACGCGCGGUACGCGAUUUUCGGGGGGAGCCAUAGGGCGUAGAAAAGGGAGGAAUGGCGAUGAACAGCGGCAAGGCCGGGGAGUGGGCGAAGGAUACUACGCUCACCACCCCUACACCGGGUAAACAUGGUGGCGCAAUCGUCAGGACGGCGGCCGGGACGGCAAAGCUGGCUGCAUUCAACAACAACAGCAACAACAAUGGCAACAACCCCAAAGGAGGGGCAAUGAUAAUGAAAAGCGUUUCCAUCUUUCUGGCCAGUGGUAGACGAGCAUCGGGCCAGUCGAGAGACCAGGCAGGCAGCCAGCAGCAGCAGCAACACGGACGUACUGCGUCCGUACGCGGUAGCAAGCGCCAGUCGCAGGUGGACACCGGUCAGGCUGGACCGAGGAUCAAGAUCUCGCACGAUAACCGCAAGAUAUUGGCCAGGAUGGACGAGCUGAACGGCAAGCUGAACCCGAAGAUGCUGGAGAUGUACAAGCGGCGGACACACUUCUUCAAGGUGGAGGUGGAGGCACUGUGCAAGAUCUACCGCAAGCUGGUCGCGAACGCCAGCAUGAACUCGAAGGCGCUCGCCGUCAGCAACCCGGGCAUGAUAGCGAAGGCCGGCUCCUCGAUGGAUGGCAUCGAUCGGUCGGUGUUCCGCGAGCUGCUCCACAGCACCUUCGACAUCGUCACGGAGGAGACGCUGAUGGAGCGCAUCUUCUGCGCGUGGGAGAAGGGCUACGAGGGGCUACCGAUCCGGCUCGAGGGCUGGCUGAUGGGGCUGUCGACCUUUCUCAAAGGCUCGCAGGCGGAGAAGACGGCCUUCUGCUUCCGCGUGUACGAUCUCAACAGUGACGGGUUUAUCACGAAGGACGAAAUGUUCGCGCUGCUCCGGAACUGUCUGAUCAAGCAGCCGCAGGACGAGGAUCCGGACGAGGGCGUCAAGGAUCUGGUCGAGAUCGCGCUCCGCAAGCUCGACAUGGACAAAGAUGGCAAGAUUUCGUUUCAGGACUACCAGGAUGCGAUCGCCGAGGAGCCGCUGCUGCUGGAAGCGUUUGGCCAGUGUUUGCCAUCGGAUCGCGCCACAAUGUCCUUCCUGUCAACACUGCAAGCCCAGGAGGAUUCGAACUAAGGAGGCGCCAGGUGCCAAUGCUAGGUGUGAACACACACACGCACACAUGACCGUGGGCAGCCGAAGACCGGAUAAACAGGCUCCAGACCAGAUCGUUGUUAAAAAUUCGGAACGGGACGCUUUUUCGGCCAUGGUAUUGAUUGCAAUAAAGCGAGAUGUGCAGAGGAACUGUUAACCAGAACAUGCCACAGAACAUGCAGGACAGUAGCAGCAGCAGCAGCAGCAGCAGUAGCAGCAGC